AUGGCGUGUGGGGCGGCACCCACCUUGACGUUCCGGAAUGGCCCACUUUGGCCUCUGGCCUGGGUGAAGUGGGCACACAGACAGGCCAGCUGUUUGAAUACGGCCAGACUCCUACAAUACCCAGAGGCAUUCAUCAAGAGCUUGCAGACCUAUCACGCCGUCCAAAGCUUUGAUACCGAAGCCGAAGACAUGGCGUCCAAGCCUGCGACCCCUCGUCGACCGACUGCGAGCCGCAAGAGGACCAGACCAGCGCCACCAUCUGUGUCCUCGACUGCUCUCCUCGGCUUCGACGACGACGACGUGUCAGCGCCUACUACCAUCUCCAAACGCCCUAGUCGUGAGCGCAUAUCGACUCCGACCACUGCCUCGUCGACUCGACCCGUUCGCGACAAGGACGCCGCCAACCCACCAGUCGCGACCUCUUCGCGGCCCACGCGAGAGGUGGCCACCCCAACAACAGCCUUCGGCGCCAGCGCCGCUGCUCGCUCCGAGCCCCCGCCAAAACGAAGGAGAUAUAUACCUGGUGGCGCUGGAGGCGGUGGCCGCUUCAUCGAGGAAGAUGGCACCAUUACCUUCAACGUUCCUAGCGCAAUGCGCACCCCGAGACCUCCGCGUGAGCCGCGCGUCCCCGCUACGACUGCUACGAUACCGCGGCGGGAGAGAAGCACCCGCAUCCGCACGGCGGCUGAUCAUGGCGAUAUGGAGUUUAGCUCGGCUGCCGCGGUCGCAGCUGCCGUUGCCCAGAACGAGGGUUACAAGCCUCGCGAGGAGCGCGGGUGGGAGGAGUUCCACCCAAACCUCGACAUCGAGGCCACCUUUAAGGUCUUUCGCUCGGAAGAGGUCGACGGACUAUCUCAACCACCCGCAGCGCCAGCGACGCCGGUUGCGCUGUCGUCCUCCAACCACGCCUCCAGUACGCCACUACGCGAGGUCAACCCCGAGUCGACGGGUAACACUCCGAACCCGGGGGCAGACUCUCAGCCCGGCGCGUCAGAAUCGCCUCAAAAGCGCCGGGCUACCCGUCCCACACGAGAAUCAGCCUCUUACUUUUCGCUUCGGGAUGUGCCCGCCGCGGCGGUGCCCAAGACGCCCCAAGUCUUGCCCAUCAGAAAUCAGACGGCGAAGGAGAGGCUAGACCUGAAAGCACCCUCAUAUCGUCGAUCUGAUCGCAUCGUUCAGUUUGAAGGCAAGGGCUUUGGCCAGGCAAGAUAUGUCGACAAAUCCAUGAUGAAUGUGGGAUACCAAGAAAGCGACCAGUACAUCCGACCAGAGCGUAGAAUGCUCAAGGCAACCGACGCCAAUGUCGAGGAUGACAUGGAUACCGCGCUCUCCAUGAAGCCCGACGGCGAGCCGGCCGCGCCUCUCCUCACGUCCGCCCCUGUGGGCCGUGUCGAGUACGAUAUGGACGAGCAAGAUGACAUGUGGCUCGAAGCUUACAAUAUUGAGCGGAAGAGCCACGAGCUCGAGCCCAUCACUCGCGAGGUAUUCGAAAUUGCGUUAACCAAGAUCGAAAAGGAGUGGCAUGCAUUAGAGAAACGCAUCCCCAAGCCUAACCCGAAGCCACCACAGACACACAGGCCGAGGUCGAGUUCAGCAGCAGCCGUCAAUGGCGAACCGCAAGUGGGCGAAGAACAAGACUCAAAAUGUGCCAUCUGUGAUGACGGAGACUGCGAGAACACAAACGCCAUUGUCUUCUGCGAUGGCUGCGACCUGGCAGUCCAUCAAGAGUGUUACGGUGUGCCCUUUAUCCCCGAGGGCCAGUGGCUCUGCAGAAAGUGCCAGCUGAUCGGCCGCGGAAUACCGAACAGCCAAGGCGCGCUUGCUGUUCUUGACAACAGCAUGAUUCUCAAGGCGUACUGCGACAAGCACUGCCCGCCCGACUACACCAAGGAGAAUGGCGUCGCUCAGGCCACGCGGGAUGCGAAGCGGUUCUACAAGAAGACCAUGAAGGGUCGCAUCUGGGCGGACAACCAGGUGGUCGCGCACGCGCUGGCGGCGACCCAUCGUCACGCCUUGACGGAUCAUGCCCCCGAUGAAAGCCAGAUGACUGGCGCGAAGCUGUCCAUGAUGGGCGACAGCAAGAAGGGGCAGCCCGGAAAGCCGAUAUGGAAACUUCCCUCUGGUGCGCCUGUUAUUCCUAGAACCGUUUUCGACAUUGUCGAAAUGGCUCUUUCUCGGUUCCCCUUUAGGAAACGAAAAGAUUUCGUCAGCGAAGCAUGUCGGUAUUGGACCCUGAAAAGGGAGGCGCGUAGGGGUGCGGCGCUCCUGAAACGACUGCAAUUGCAGAUGGAGACCUUUUCGUCCAUGGAACUCACUCGUAGGAACUUUGCAGGCAUGGGUCCCUCAGGUAAAACCAGGCUGCAGAGGCGGAUCGAAUUUGCUGAGACGCUGCUGCGUGAUCUGGAGCAACUCAAGGACCUGUCGGCCAAGGUCGUCGAACGCGAGCAGCUCAAACUGGAGGCUGCUGAGCUUGAGCAAGACUUUGUGGACACAUGUUACUUUCCGGUGGCGAAGCUCUUCUUCCCGGUGGUCGAGAAGGCGCUCGCGCUGGACAAGGGUGUGUUCUACGACGGGCUGGUGAAGCUUCAGUCACAGCUGGACGUUCGCUUCUACACGACGACGUUAGCGUUUGCGCAUGACCUGUGUGAAGUCAUCAGCGUGGGCAUCAACACCGAGAUCAAGAAAGUGGAGACGGCGGAUGAAGAGCUCGUCGCUACCACGCUUGGGAAAGUGUCAUACGAGGACCCGAGACAGAGGAAAACACUGGGGAAGCGCAUCCUCAAGGCUGUUCAGCCACAGCUCGAGACAGCCCUUCGAACCGAGGCAGAGAUCAGCUCUAAGCCACUUGAUCCUUUGACAAAGGAGCUGGAAGGCAUGUUGGAAGCCAGCAUCGAGUUCAAGUCUCUGUCGAAUGACGAUGGGGAGAAGACAAUAGAUGCUGACCACGAUGUGGUGAUGGCGGAUGCUUCGAUCGAGGAAAUCACGGUCGCAAAUGGCCAUGUCGAGAAGGAUAGAGCAGAAGAAGGCGGCGAUGUAGAUGCCAUGGAGGUUGACGCUGUUGGCGAAGAAGACGACGGCAGUAUCGAGGUCGCCACCUCCAACAUUGACGACAAGGGCAAGCUUCCCUCCUCCAGUUCGUCGGUUGCCGGCCUCGAAGGCAACGGCAAGGUCGCGGAGCAGGCCUAUGCAGCUCUGACAAACGGCGUCGCGGGCGCUUCUGAUACACCCCCCGCCUCCGAUGGCUACCAGAGCAACUCCGCGCCGGAGCAGCCGGCGCCUCCGACACCGCCCCAAUCAAUCGGCAGCCUCGGCGCGCAGUCGAAUGACCCCCUGUCCGAAGGCGGCCUCGCAUGGCACCUCAAGGACUUCAAGCUGCGAGGCACAACCAUCCUUGCGGACCAGUGGCCUGGGCGCGACGCCAUCCGUAGCCUCAGCGAGGAGCUUUCCGAUAUGGACGACCGUGAGCUUGAGGGCCUGGGCUUCGACGUCGAUGACAGCACCAUCACGGCAUCGCCCAACGGCGCCGCAGCUAGCAGUGAGGUCAUUGUGGACACAAUCGUCAGCAAAGCCAAGGCGAGCACCCGUGUUCGCAAAAAGACGCGCAGCUCUACGCGCCGGCGAUGA